CCUUAAUACAGAGUAUAAGGGUUCAGCAAGAACACAUGAACAAGAAGAUAAUUCUGAGAUUGCUAGACUGUCUAACCAAGAAGACAAGAUUAGACCAAAACCAGUGACUAAAGGAGACAAACAAAGAGAUUUGCCGCAGAGCAAGAGGAAACUUUGGAGAAAUUUAGAGAAGCUUGAGAAACCCCUUCCUUCAAGUUUUGCAGACAACAUAAUAAGUUCAUACAGAUUAAAGAGCUACCAUGAUGUCCCUUCUAUUCAAUUCUACUCCAUUCAGACAGAUUAGUAAGGGUGAGACCUGAAGAAAAUAAGCGAAGCAGUCCUGUGAGAAAGGAUCUGGAUAACAUAAGAAUACUUGUGUUAGAUAAUCAUUAAAAAAUGUAAAAACUUUUUAACAGAAUCGACUUAUGCGAAACGACUAUUUUGACAUGCCAAGGGAUGUUGCAAUAAAAAUUAACAAGCAAAGUCUAGUUAAAAGAUUAUCACGUACUGGAAAUCAGCCUGGGUUUAAAGCUGUCUAUGUCGGGUAUCAGAGGCCCUUUAUCAACCAACAUCUUGUUAAUCGACCCCGUGUAAAAGCAGUUCUACAUCAAAGACGACCGUACAGUUUUGCUCAACAAAAUCCACCAAUUAUCAGACCUCCGCUGAUCAAGUACGGACACAUUACACGACCAAGGGAGUAUGAUGUUGCCUAUCCGUAUGGUUUAGGGGGGAAAAGCUUAUUGGACUUACUAGCUGCUGGGAACCAUUUUGAUUACUGGGCAGUAGGAAGUUUACUUAGUUUCUUCUACUAUAGAUAUAUUGGAAUUCCCUUUGGCCUGACCUACGGAGAUUUAUUUAAUCAGGCGCUCGCAUUUUUCACUGGACGAUCCUUUUCAAACUCUUCUCACCCUCUUCGGAAUCUCUCUUGGAUUCAAGCAAAGUCUGCAGCUGCAGGAUACAACAAGAAAAAUGCAUACUCAAAUAUGAAUGAAGAACAGGAAGAAAGACUGAACAAAAAUAAAACUAAUGAAAAAAGAAAAACUGAAAUUGUCCAAGGAACUAUUUAUCUGAAUGAAAAGAUGAAAGAUAAAAUGGACCAAGAAAUCGGAAGUGGAGAUAGUUUUGUGGUAAAUGACUUUAAAUCGAGACUGAAAAGAGAACUAGAUACGAAGUCUGUUAAAGCUACAGAGCGUGAACAAAUUAUAAAUAAAAGCUUCAUUAUGAACAAAUCUGAAAGUAUAAGUAAAGACGACUUCUUGGAAUCAAGCCUUGAAAACCAGAGAGACAUGUUGGAGGAUUUUAUGAACUUGGAGCAGAUUAAGGAUUUACAAAAUUUUAACGUUGGAGAUAUAGUUAACCAGCUGAGCAAUGGUGUCCAGGAUGGGUUGGAUAACUUAGAUCUGGGAAAAAUAGAUCUUGGAACACUAGAUCUUUCCCCAGGAGGAUAUAUUUCAGUUGCUUCCUUACUAGCAAUUGCUCUGGUUGUCAACGCACUAUCGGGUGGAUUUACCCCCUCCAAAUCAUCAAUAGACACAACCAGUAGACUCGGAACUAUUCCAACUAUGAUCAAUUAUGAUUAUGAGUAUAGCCCUUUCUAUGAUUAUAAUCAAUAUGAUUAUAUUUAUGAUUAUGAUUACGGGUACCCUAAAACGAAACGAAGGGUAGAUGACCUUGAAUAUAGAAGAUGGAAUAGGUUUGGAGUUUCUGAGAACUAUAAUGACGGAGUUACAAGACGAUUUGUUAAAGGCAGACCGAGAAAGCAAAACCUGAAGAAAGAAGGUAAUACGAUAUCCUUUCUGAGCAAUGCAGGUCAAGUUUCUUCAAUCUCAGAAGGAGAAUCACCCCAUGAGCAGUACAGGCCAGGAACCUAUCAACCAACUAAGAACCCAGUUAAGGAAGACGACACCAAAACAGCUGAUCAUCACGUGGAAGCCAAUGGUUUCUACCCAGCUGAACACUUUUACAAUUCCUACCCGGCCUCACAGUUUCAGGACUUUAACCACAGACGAUUAGAGGAAACUAACUUGAUUUCAAAUCAUCAAGACAAAAAUCUGGAACCAAAGAAACCAUAUUUAUGGUCAUCUGAGACGUUUCAGAACUCAGUAUCCUCUUACACAACAAAAAAUCCUUUCAACGACGGGAUCAAAUCGUAUAAAUACAUAUCACCCAAACCUGACAUUAAGGAAUAUCCAAAGAGGCCGUACCCCAGCAGUAGCAGUUACAAUCAGAACCCAGAGGUUGAAUUUGAGGAGUCGUUAACCUACUCCUCCACAACUACUCCUUCACCUUACUCAACAUCAAAUAGAUAUGAAAUUACCUACUCCACCACUCCUAGAUCUAAAUAUCUUUAUCCUACACCCAGUCCAACUACUCCAAAAUCUCAAUAUAAUCGUUCAACUAUUCCAAGUUACAAGUAUACUCGUCCAACUACUCUUAGCUACCAGUAUACUCGUCCAACUACUCCUAGAUACCAGUAUGCUCGUCCAACCACUCCAAUUUAUCAUUAUAACCGACCUACUACUCAAAAAUAUCGAUAUACGCGCCGAACUACUCCAAAAUUCUCCUACACUUACUCAUCUACGCCAUCCACCAACCUAAAUUCAGUUGAUGAUACUGCUGUUUAUGAUUUUGAGAACUCGAACUAUGAUGUAGAUUUCUACUCAGACAACAGUUAUGAAUAUAUUGAUACACAAGAGAUAAAUGAUGUUAAGUCUUUAUUUGAAAGAAAUCGUCUUCUAAAUGAUAAAUACAGUGAGGACCUGGAGAAAUAGAUCUUGAGUUUAAUC